GCAAGAUUAUCGAAAUCACAUAUUUUUCUAGGCUCUCUCUUGUAAUAUUAAAAUCAUUGAAAAUGUUGAAGAUCGUGUGCUUGUUUGCUGUUCUUGCGGUAGCGUUAGCAGAUGUGCGGCCUGUUCCACUCAGUGCAGUUCCAGUACCACAUCCUCGAGCUCUGACUGAACCUUCGACGGCACAUGAAAGCGAAAAACCAGUUAACAAGGAGUCCCAAGUACAAGAUGCCUCGAGCGACAUGGACAAAGCGGAAACAUUUGGCUUCGGAUAUCACAAGCAUAUCUAUGCUGCACCUCAUUACUAUGGAGGAUAUUACGGUGGAUACCACGGAGGAUAUGGAGGAUAUCAUGGUGGAUACUACCCAUACUACGGAAAUCAUUAUGGAUAUCCGUACUAUUACUAAACGUAGUUGCAAAUAAAUUAAUUUAAACUAAGAA